AUGGUGGACUUCAAAAGAUUAAUGAGUGACAUAUUUGCAACCUACAGCAAGGAAGCUAGACCAGUUGAAAAUUUCAAUGAAACAGUUGAAAUCCAAACGCUAUUCUGUCCUCUUUCUCUUUUGGACGUGAACGAAGUUUCUGGGACAAUUAGCUUGAGCAUCAUUUUGUGUAUGUACUGGAAGGACCCCCAAUUGGUGUGGGUUCCCUCAGAUUAUGCAGGAAUAACUGAGACCAUGGUUAAUUCUUCCAUGUUAUGGAAACCGUCGGUUUUUCUAAUAUCGUCUGCUUCAGAUCUUGAGCCGAUUGGUUCCGACCGAUUUGACGCAAGAAUAACAAGUAGUGGCUAUAUAUCCUGGUGCCCAGGAAGAAUGAUUACGUCUAGCUGUUCCAUCGAUAUGACGGAGUUUCCAACUGAUUCACAAAACUGUUCAGUGCUCUUACUACCAUGGGGGUACUCCAGUGCUGAAAUCAAACUCUUACCACUAAUGUCAACAUUCUAUAUGAAAAUGUAUAGCACCAACGGAGAGUGGAGUUUAGACAAGUCAUUGGCACAGGAAUAUUUGGGGAUGGGUCCUGAAGUUUCAAUUAUCGGUUUUAGUAUGAUCCUGACACGGAGGUCUACAUAUUUUGUGAUAUCCAUGAUCAUUCCUAUCUAUUUGCUUUGUUUUCUAAACCCGUUCGUGUUCCUCUUACCGGCGGCGUCGGGUGAGAGGAUUUCCUACACAAUCACCAUGUUCCUGUCUCUGGCGGUUUACAUGACCCUUAUCGGUGACAACAUGCCGAAAGUAUCCGAGACAAUAGCGGGUAUUUCCUACUUUAUCCUAGUAUCUAUGAUUUUCAGUGGUGUAAUAAUAAUUCUAACGAUAUUUACCCUUCGAUGCGAGGCUGUUGCAGAGGUGGACAAAUUUCCAACAUGGCUGAUAACCUUGUUGAAGAAAAAGAAGGCGAUUCGACAAUUCAAGAUUGAAUGUAAGAAUGACAGCAAAAAUAUGACUACACCAAACCCAGUGCCGUCACACGGUACUGAAAACCUCUGUUCUGUCUUCGAGGAGGACACAAAGGAAGGACAGCCGGCGUCCAUAGAAAUGCACUACCCCGAAAAGAUUGACGUCAUGAAUUUUAUCGAUAUUGUUCUAUUUUGUAUCACCCAAACUAUUGCCAUUGCAAUGAUCUUUGGAUUUUCGCUUGGGUACUAUAAAUAG